AUGACCGACCAUAAAGAGAAGGAGCUGACAUCGGCGCUGAGCGACUGCGUGCUCGAAUCGUCCUGGUUAUGUACAGUGGUCGCAGUGGCUCUGGCGGUGCCUCUGGGAGUUAGGCAGAAGAGCUACAUGCCUGUAGUCUACCUGGGCCUGGCUGGCACAGUGAUGGACCUCUUAAAUGGGUACGACAAAUGCAAGGAGCAGCGGCAAGCGUUGGAGCGGUACCUUCAGAACCGGGAGGCCUUUGGGCAGCAGCCCACCAGCGUAGAGCGCCAGCUGGGCGGCGGGGACAACGACUGA